GUGAGACGAGGCUGCGUGCAGAUGUCUCCGGGUGUCCGUAGGAGAGGGGGCCCCCCCGGGGGGACAGCCGGGACCCGCUCCAGCCUGGCGGAGACUGUGAGGAGAGGACGGGAGAAGUGUAGACAGGUCCUGACGGACCCCCAAUACACAGCACUGCUGGGAGUGUGCCUGUGUGUGCUGGAGCUGGGGGUGACACAUUGGGUCAUCCAGAGGGUCCCCUACACAGAGAUAGACUGGAGAGCCUACAUGGACGAGGUGGAGGGGGUGAUCAAUGGGACCUACGACUAUACCAAGCUACAGGGGGAGACCGGACCCCUCGUGUAUCCAGCUGGAUUUGUAUACAUUUUCAGUGCUCUAUAUUAUGUAACUGAGCAAGGGAGCAACAUCAGACUGGCACAGUAUAUCUUUGCAGCGCUGUACCUGCUCACACUGUUCCUUGUGUUUCGUAUCUACAUUCUCACCAAGAAGGUACCACCCUAUGUAUUUUUCUUCAUGUGCUGUGCUUCAUAUCGUGUCCACUCCAUCUUCCUCCUUCGGCUUUUCAAUGACCCUGUGGCAAUGGUCAUCUUAUUCCUUUCCAUCAAUUUGAUACUACAGGACCACUGGAGCUGGGGCUGCAUUUUCUACAGCCUAGCGGUCUCUGUCAAAAUGAACAUACUUCUGUUAGCUCCAGGACUGCUAUAUCUCCUCUUCUGCCGAUUUGGACUACUGCGCACAAUUCCAAAACUAUUUAUUUGUGCUAUUCUUCAGGUGAUCUUGGCCCUCCCAUUUCUGCUGGAAAAUCCUACUGGGUAUCUUAUACGAUCCUUUGAUUUUGGCAGACAGUUUCUGUUUCAAUGGACGGUGAACUGGCGGUUCCUCCCAGAGCAUGUGUUCCACCACAGGGUUUUCCACAUGGGACUACUUACAGCUCAUCUAGCUGGCCUUGUACUGUUCUGUUUUUACCGCUGGCACAGGUCUGGGCAGAGCCUUCUUGCGCUUCUGAAGGAUCCAGCACAAAGGAAACCCCGCUCACACCAACUUUCAGCAAACAAGAUUAUCUUUGUCCUGUUUUCCAGUAACUUCCUGGGUGUGGCCUUCAGUCGUUCUCUGCACUAUCAGUUUUAUGUCUGGUACUUCCACACACUGCCAUAUCUUUUAUGGUGCACAAACUCUAGAGUCUUGCCAGGACUUGCUAAGAUCCUUAUCCUUGGCCUUAUUGAGCUGUCCUGGAACACAUUUCCCUCUACCUCUAUGAGCUCAGGUGCUCUUCAUAUUUGUCAUGGAGCCAUUUUGCUGCACUUGUGGCUUGGUGUUCCACCAGAUGAGACAAGUUCCUUGGAAUCCACACGGAUGCCUCGUAAGAAGAAGGACUGAUUUCCUUAUCUGCUUUGUCCUGUUUUCUAAAACUGUAGGGUACAAAGAACACUGCUAAGAGUGAUUGUCUCAAGGAAAAUAAAAGUAUAGACUUUAUAUUUUUUUAAGCUAAUAAACAUGAAACUGCCUCUUGACUUAUUAAA